UGCUAGUUCCUUCCCUCUUGUCCAAUUUGUCGUGCUCAGCUCGCCGCUCUAAAAGCCUCCUCGCAUUCCCAACAGUACGGCAAUCAACCAGCCGGCUCUCUCUCUCUCUCUCUUCAAUGUCAAAUGCCCUCUCUCACAUGCCUUCUGCUCCGCCUCCUCUCACAAACCCUAACUCAUUUUACUUCCUAAUUUCCCAAAAUGCCUUCACACUUCCUCUCUAAUUCCCCUUCUACCCCUACCACAAAAACCUCUGACCUCCAAAACGACACCGCCGUUUCCCUCACCUCAACUUCCUCCUCCUCCUCCUCCUCUACUGCUCCAGACAUGUGGACUUACCUUUGGAUCCCUUUCUUAAUGUCACUCUCUAAAGAGCUAACCCUAGCUCGAGCAGCAACAGCUACAACUUCUUCUCCUUCGAUUCUCCCCCCGAGUCAACUCGCCGAUGAUGACUCGCCUUCCGUGCCUAGGUGUUCGGCCCCGGACAUCAAGUUGAAUUACCGGCCGGUGAUUGGAAUUUUAACUCAUCCAGGCGACGGUGCCUCCGGAAGGCUGAACAACGCGACGAACGCUUCGUAUAUUGCGGCGUCGUACGUUAAGUUUGUUGAAUCGGCUGGUGCCAGGGUUAUUCCCUUGAUUUAUAACGAGCCACGAGAGAUUCUUUUUGAGAAGCUCAAUCUGGUAAAUGGAGUGCUCUUUACAGGAGGUUGGGCUAAAACUGGUUUAUACUUUGACACUGUGAAGGCAAUUUUCAAGGAAAUUUUAGCAAAGAAUGAUGCAGGCUUCCAUUUCCCAGUGUAUGCCAUCUGCUUAGGCUUUGAAAUCCUGACAAUGAUCAUUAGUGAGGACAAUCAAAUUCUGGAAACAUUUAAUGCAGCAGAUCAGGCUUCUACUCUUCAAUUUAUGAAUAACAUAAAUAUCAAAGGAACUGUAUUUCGGAGAUUUCCUCCAGAUUUGCUUAAAAGAUUGAGUACAGAUUGCCUAGUCAUGCAAAACCAUCGUUAUGGCAUCUCACCACAACGGUUUCAGGAGAAUGAACAUCUAUCUAGUUUCUUUGAGAUCUUGACUACUAGUACAGAUGAAGAUAACCAGGUCUAUGUCUCCACUGUACAAGCUUGCGGCUAUCCUGUGACUGCCUUCCAAUGGCAUCCUGAGAAAAAUGCUUUUGAAUGGGGUUUAUCAAUGAUUCCACACUCAGAGGAUGCCAUUCAAGUUACCCAACACAUUGCAAACUUCUUUGUUAGUGAGGCUAGGAAAUCCUUGAACAGGCCAUCUUCUCGGAAGGUACUCGCCAAUUUAAUCUACAAUUACAGUCCCACAUAUUGCGGGAAAGCUGGGAAGGGAUAUGAUGAGGUUUACAUCUUCUCAGAGCAAAAGGCACCAAAGUAUACAAGCGAGAAGUUGCUCAGGUGGGGGAUAACAUGGUGAGAAGCACCAUUGUCAAGGAGCCGCCGUGAUGAAGUCUUGGGAGCAUCGACAACAAAUGAGCUUUUGGCCAUCAAUGCAUUGAACUAUAUGUAAGGAGGGACAUCGUGUUGAAGCAUGACCUUGAAUCUUGCAGAUGUGGCACGAUCUCUUUGAGUUGAGUUUGGUCCUCUAUUAGUUAAUUUAAGGUAGCGAUUUGCACUAUUACGUGACUGACUCCGGCUCAUGUUGCUAUUUCCUGAAUGAGGCCGCGGGCGGCGGGGCCGUCGUAGUUCGACUUUUUUUUUUAACAGAAACUCUAUCGCUUCUGUUUUUGGUACCAAAAGCGGCGGCACUUUUCCUUUGUUAAAAGAAAACCUAAUUUUGACGAGACUACACUUUUUACAA